GCCGCGGUGAGUUGGUUCUGGGCGCCGGGGACCGCAGCCUGUCGAGCAGCGGCGCGACUCCGAGAACUUCUCCCAGAAGUCCUGAAUCCAGGAGUGGAAAGUUCCCAUUCCACAAUGAUGAAUGCUGACAUGGAUGCUGUUGAGGCUGAAAAUCAGGUAGAACUGGAAGAAAAAACACGGCUUAUUAAUCAAGUUUUGGAACUGCAGCACACACUCGAAGAUCUGUCAGCACGAGUAGAUGCUGUUAAGGAAGAAAACCUGAAACUCAAAUCAGAAAAUCAAGUUCUUGGACAAUAUAUAGAAAAUCUUAUGUCUGCAUCUAGUGUUUUCCAGACAACUGACACAAAAAGCAAACGAAAGUAAGGGGUUGAUUUCCAGAUUACGUCAUUGUAUUGCUGCUGCUUUUUCUGUUUUCAUUGGCAUAGGCUACAUGAGUUAAAAUACCUUAGUUUGUGGCUUCCCUGGAUAUUUGAAGAUUAAUGGCAAUUAUAGACAGUUAAAAACAUUAUCAUAAACAACUGGAGCCAUGAGUUUGUGUAUUGUUAGCCUUUGAGCAAUGUGCAAAUGUAAUGUAGAGACUUUAUAACUAGACUUGCAUAUUUGUUUCAAAAAUCAACAAUGGCAUGUCUUGUCAAAACUGGAUUCAGUUUGUCAGAUUAAGCAAACAUCUGACUGUCAACUACUUUGAAGAUUUUAGGAUAGUGUCUUGUAGCAGAAUAAAUACGAUGAGGUGUAAAAUGGUAAUCUUAUUUUAAGUGAACACUUAAACUUACUUUGCACCACCUUUUCUUCAGCUCAAAAAAUAAUUAGGUAUCUGUCUAGAACACUCAUUACCUUCACAGAUGAAAAAUGAACAUUUUUAAAAAUAAAUAUUUUGAACAGGUUAAGGAUUUUCAUGAACUAGUAGAGAUGUGACUGUUCUCUGCAGGGUUCUAAUGGCUUGCUUGUUCUUGACAAACUGAAGAUAACCCCAGUUUGUAAAAGAUUUUGUGAGGAGUGCUGAAUUACUGGGAUGUUAAACUGUUUACAACGUAUACGAUAUCUUUCACACUUCAAACCAGUUUCUUUUCCCUAACUGCUGGCAGUUUUUCUGUUAGCUAACGUCAUUCAAGGAGGUGGUGUUACGCCAAGUUGAGAACCACUCAUCUUAGCAUAGCUGCUUUUAUCCUGGGGGCUUUGCCAGCAUAGCUAUAUUGUUUUUUCACACCCCAAUGGAUAUGGCUAUAUUGACAAAUCGUUGUAGUGUAGACCUGGCCCUAGCCUCUAUGUGCCACUGGAGCAGUGUGUAGGUGCCAGAAGCUAACCUACUGUUUCAAACAUCAUUUGGUGCCCGAACAGCCUCCUUAUACUGAUUUCUAUUGCCAUAGGUAGCAACUUCCAAUUUUUGCACUAAUACACUUCCAUGCUAUCAGGAAGGGGCAGAAAUUGGUAGUUAUGUAUUUCUGGGAUGGGAUAUUCUGCCUACAUUAGUAUUUGAAAUGCUGUUUCAGCACAGGUUCAAGGGGACUGAUUUAUGUGACCCUCAGCAACAUAGAAACCCUCAGUUUUCUAGUGUAGAUGUGUUAAAUGGUCUGCUGUUACUAGGAUUGGGCUGUAGUAAAGGUCAGCAAAGUUUUUACAAAUUUUGUGUGUGUACUUCAGUAUUAAUAGUGGAAAAAGCAAAAGGUACAAGUUGGUAAGAUUUCAUUUAUCAGUAUUGAAACUUACACAUCCCUCCCAAAUGUCUUUAUCAAGCUAGUUGAUUUGCUGUGGCUUUAUGAAUGUUAGUUAAAACAUCUUUUCAAUAAUGGAAAUCACUUUUCCCAUGUUAAGAGGUAAAGUAAAAUGUGUUAUUGUCAAGGCUGCAUUUCAUCACUACUGUGAUGGAUUCUGUAAAAUAAAAACAAACAUGAAAAUUAUGUUUGGGUGAGUGGAUGUAACCAUAAAGAGUUAAACCAAUGUCAGACUGAGCUUCCUUGGGCAGCUAAAGGAACUAGAGUUCAGCAACAGCAGAGUGGUGACAUAAGACCACAUCCAUGAAAGAUUGAGACUGUUCAGGCAAUGGGGCCUUGGUUAUUCCCCCCUCUCCCCCCCACUGUUAAAAAUUAUACCUGCACAGUUUUAGAUGGCUUCAAGUGGGAUGCCAAAAGUGAAGCUUCUAAGUCAGAUAUUGAGUCAGGGCCGCAGUUGCAACAAGGUUAAAUUUGUAGAGUGAAUGGGACCUAACCUAAAGGCUAGGGCUUUAACCCAACUGCCUGGCAAACAUAGUGGCUGGGUCUUAUAAACCCCUAACAGUAAUUUUAAACUUCCUUGGGGUUUAUCUGUCCCCUUCGUGCUUACUAAACACCCUGUGUGUACUCAAGUACUGGUAGCAAAUAGGAUUAAUCUUCUGGCUAAUUACUUAGGCAAGUGGUGUUUGGGUAUAAAACAGUACCCAUGACACUAGUCUUUAAAAAUAUAUAUACUUUUGCUCCUUUCUCCGUAACUGUCCUAUGAUGUAAGGGAUAGCAUUACACCCCCUUUACAUAAUAGGAAAGAUCCACCAUUGUCACCUGGUGCACUUGUUAGAGUUGAGCCACUUUCCUAAAAUCAAGGAGUAAUCUUAAUCAUGUUUUGUAUUAAUGUAAGAUUUGAUAGUGAUAUUUUAGCCAUAUGUAUAUAGAGUAGUCAUUUCAACUGUAAACAUUUUGCUUCCCACUAUUGUGGCCUUUUAACUUAUGAACAUUUAAAAAUUGUGUUGUAUUUCUGAUUUUACAUUUAAUAAAAGCUUUUG